AUCACCAGCACAAUCAUCAGCUGGUGGGUUCUAGUUAUCUAUCAAAAUCUAUAUAUAAAAAAAAAACUUUCACCUGACACAUGUCCUCUGUACUGGUUCUGUAAUAAAAUAAAAUAAGUUAAUUCAAAAAAUAUUAAAAUGGUAGACGCUUCAACUCGGAAAACUCUGAGUGAUAUUCCAUUACUAAAAACGAAAGCUGGUCCCCGUGAUAAAGAGUUAUGGGUGCAGAGACUUAAAGAAGAAUACACGACUUUAAUUCAGUAUGUACAAAAUAAUAAAGCUGCUGACAAUGAUUGGUUUAGAUUAGAGUCAAAUAAAGAAGGUACCAGGUGGUUUGGCAAGUGCUGGCAUAUUCAUAAUUUACUCAAAUAUGAAUUCGACAUUGAAUUUGAUAUACCAAUAACUUAUCCAACCACUGCUCCAGAAUUAGCACUACCGGAGUUAGAUGGCAAAACUGCUAAGAUGUAUCGCGGUGGUAAAAUUUGUCUGAGUGAUCAUUUCAAACCCUUGUGGGCUAGAAAUGUUCCCAAGUUUGGUAUCGCUCAUGCUAUGGCUCUAGGUCUCGGACCCUGGUUAGCUGUCGAAGUUCCAGAUCUAAUAGAAAAAGGAAUAGUAAAACAUAAAGAACAGAGUGAAUGAAAUUAGCUAAAUAAAAUAUUUAUCAUUCCUUAUUUUAAAAUCAAUCAGUCUGCAAAGAACUUUAUAAAUUUUUU